UAUGGAAAUCAGAAUAGAACACAGGGCAUCUGAGAGCACCCAAGACACUGGCAGUUGGAAGAGUGAUGGAGGACAAGCAGGGCCUCAAGGAAAGAAGAAAUGGAAACUAGAGUUCAUCACUGAAGAGGUGUCCUGAUAAUGUAAAUAUUGUGAUAAGCUAAAAACUGGAAUCACCCAGAAGAAUAACUAGGACUCAUCAUGUCCUUCUCAGUCCAUCCUCGAAAGACUAGCAAAAGACCUUUUCCAUUGGAAUCUCUUCUAAUGCCACAAGUUCCACGUAGCAACUACUUACAUUUUCAGGAAGAGAAGCAAAGACUACAGCUAAAAAAAUUCCUUCUCCAUAGGAUGUUUCUAGUGGCCAAGAUAACAGCAAACACAGAAAGAAAAGAUAUUGCUGAAUACUAUGAUCAAGUGUUUCAGUCAAUUUUGAAGCGUCACCUAGGAGAAGCAGUGACAGGAUUAUUACUCCUAUAUCCUACCUCCAUUUUGCAUAUCCUUGAGUCCUGCAAUGGUACUCUUUACCGAAUUCUCCUAGAUUAUAUUAACAGAGGAAAGAAUGAAACAGAAUUUUUUAUCCAAGGAAUGAAAAUUAUAGUCGUGUCUCAUAACAUCCCAGCAAGGCUCUUCAUGCAAUGGCAUGUUUCAGUAAUAAAAGUGCCAGUCAUGUAUCUUGAUGAUGUGACACAGUCACAGUCCCUAGAAGAGGUCAUAACAGAAUUUCUCAUUCAAACUCAUAAACUGGCACUCCAUCUUUUUAAGACCGUCAAAGUGGGCACUAAAGGACCAGGCGAUAACUUGCACCAGGUUGCACCGGAAUUACUCCUCCCAGAACAAAUAAUAAAGUAUUUGUGCAAAUCUGAGGAAUUCAUGGACCCAGAAACUUUCAUAAACAUGUAUAAUAAACCCAUACAUAUCACUUUGGAUUCUGAGGUGGUAUGGCCCGCUCCCUCCCGUUUCUAGGAUUAAGAGUGAUGAUGUGGUCGAUGUGGUCAAAUCUCUUAAGAAAUGUUUGCUACUUAAAUAAAAGGAAAAUAUUUCUAAAGUUACUAUUCUCUUUAAAAAGGAAAGAAACAGAACACCACAAUAUGUACAAAGGAUACCAACAAUAUUUUCUGGAAGAGAUUCAGUAUGUAUUGCUACUCAAUGAGACAAGGAUAGAAGUUUAUUCUCAAUUCAUUGGAUUAAAAAUACUCUUUCCUGUUGGAGCAUCUGAGCAAGCUGUUAGUAAGGAGUCCUCCUGUCCAUAAAAACUGCUUUGUGGGAUAAUUCUUAGGAGGGCCACUCACCCAUGUCUGUUGCUAAAGAUGUUUACUCAGGGUAUUGUACCAUGUCAGAGGAGCUGGAAAGCACAGCUCACAGGACUGAUGAAUGAAUAAAAAAGAAUGACCAAGUGGACAGAGUUUUUAUCAAGUGCCUACUAAGCUACAGACUGGAGCACCCAGGUACUGUCAUUUACCUGUAUGAAGAAAACACAGAUCCUACUGCCAGGAGACUCAAAGAAAGAGAAACAGAUAUGUGAACCAAGAAUUAAAAUGCCAUUAUGUUGUAAUAAAGGAAUGUGAAAAUUGUCAUGGUGGCACAGAGAGAAAGUAAUUAAUUCUCAGUGAUUUUACACCUGACCUUUGGAAUCUGAAGGUCCUGGAGCCAAGCCCAAGCUCUCUGCACUGAGUAGUUGUGAAAUGUGGAGCCCCAUCUCAUCUGCAAAAUGGAAGAUAAUAGCACCUACAUCUUAAGAUUGUUUUGAGAAUUAAAUAAGACAAUGUACAAAAGGCUUGUUUUGGCAUAGUAUGUGACAUAGAGUGAGUGCUUCCUGCCUGUUACUUUGACUGUGACCUGGGCAUUAGGAGGUGCUUAGAACAUCAGGGAAGCUUCAUGGAGGAUACCCACAGGAGUUACCAGUGAAAAAAGGAGGGGACAGAGAGUGAGCAAGUCAUAAAACCUUCCUCAGCCUCUGGCCUCUGAGUUACAAAUCAAGGGAGUGUUGGUCUCCAAAAAGAAGAGAUGCAACAGACAAGACAUUUACAUGUUUUCACCUUGAAGCUGUAGCUGCCCCUGAUGUAGGAAGGGUUAAUAAGCACCAGAAAAGGCUUGCCAACAAACUGUGACCCGGAGGUGAGAAGGCCAGUUAGCCAAUGACGGAUAAGACCUCCAGGGGGAGGCAAC